UAACCAUACAAAAAAUUAAUUCGAAAAUACAAAUUUUUUUCGCUCAUUUGUUUUCCCACCGAAACAAGGGAAAGUACGCUUCAAGUUGACAAUGUCACUUCAAUUUCACUUUUUACGAGAAGUUUUUGGAAAAAAUUGUCAAGUAAUGCGGCCUACGACAAGAAUUUAUUAAACAAUUGUGACAGAGUUGCAAAGAGAAUGGGAAACACCGGGUCCGCGCAUUCAUCGAAAAAAAAAGGACAAAAACGAGAAAGUGGUGACAGCGUAGGUGAUCGUCCAGGAAAAACUAAAAAAUUUGUAAAUGGUUCCGAAUCCCGAACCAGUGGAAAAGAAAUAAUAAAAUGUCGUGCGACUAAUCCUUUUAUCAUCUUCUUUCUACGGUUACGGAGUAAAAAGCCAAAGGAACACGUAACCGUGAUUGCUCGUGCAGCUGGAAAAUUAUGGACACAAAUGACUCCGGAACAAAGAAAGAAAUACGUACAGUUGGCAAACGCCGAGAAAAAAAGACGAGAAGAGCAAAGAAGGAAACGGAAGUUAAGAAGAAGGAAAGGAAGAUAGAACACACACGUUGAUGAAACGUUAUAAGAUAAAAACGAAAUUAUAAGUGCGAAGAUCGUCUUUCUGAGUGCUGAGUUAAGCACGCGCUUUCUACACAAGUUCUUACAAGUCUUUUAUU